AUGCCAAAAAGUAACAAAAAGAAGAAGGACAAAGCCGCAGACUUUGCCAAAGCCAAACUGAAGCUAGGGAAGGGCAAGCAAGCCCCCAGCAACGUCGUAGACACCGCCUUCAAGGCGAGAUCCAUCGCCUUACCCACUCAGAGCAUCGCCAUCGAGAAAGAUGCUGAUGCCCCUAGCACCAAGAGGAGACUCACGUUCGACGCCCUCAUCAAUCACAUGAAACAUUAUAAUGCUACCACACGCAGAGAUGCAAUCCUUGGGUUGCGAGAGCUAUUGGAGGCUCAUCGGGAGCUGAUCCUUGCACAGCUCACGCCGUUGAUCAACGGUUGUGUUCGUCUAGUUAGCGACGAGGACGCGAGCGUUCGUAGAACACUGUGGUCAUUCUUCUCGUGGCUUUUCCGCCAAGUCCCCCGAGACGACCUCGUACCACAUACCCCAGUUCUGCUACUUUUCACGACGUCAGCACAAACCCAUAUCUUCCCUGAAAUUCGCAUAGACGCUGUCCGAUUCCUGGACAUUUACCUCGAGUAUAUUCCAGAGAUUGUCACCGAGGGUUGGAUGCAACCUGGGAGUGGCAGUCACGGGCGGAGGGUUAUGGAGGGCUACCUCGGCAUCUUGAAUGCAGGAACAACAUUUGGGGAAGGUGGUGAUGUGGGUCCAGUUCUGGCGACAUCUACAGCCAGUGUCGUCCUAUCACCGGCAUCGAAGCUUAUCGUGCUCAAGUCCCUUGAAUCCUUCCUAAGCCGCGCUGUGGCUUCGUCAUGGAGCUCGAAGGACGGGUCAGAGUUGUCUAGCUCCGUACUCGUUACGCCGACGUGGUACCUUUCUUCUUCCUUCGCAUCCACGUCAGCCUUCGGCGCUUUUGAUGCUCUUCUCCAGCCAAGCUCUUUCCGGAGCGGAGCUGACCCCUUACGGUUGGGGGACACUAGGGUCUGGUUGCCAGAGGUCUCAGAAAAUGGCGGAGAAUCAUUCGUUGGCCAGUUUUCACUUCUCUCCGAGUCUUGUAGCUCCGCCUGGUCUUUUCAUGACCUGACGGAUGUUGAUGCGGCGGUCGCACUCCUCCGGGAAGGACAAGCCGGGUCAGGGACUGACGUGGAGAUCACUUGUGUCGCGCAUCUAGCACGCACGCUACAUCCGACUCUGGUGUCGACAUUUUUAGAUUGCGCACCAACCGUGUUUUCCCCAAGUGCGAAUCCCCCAGAGACCGAGCUCCAGAUGGUCAUUGUGUUCUGCCGAAUAUGCCGUAGCCUUUACGGCCGCCUGCUGCAAGACUCUGCGGAGUCAGGGACUUCGCAUGAAGCCGCGGAAGCCGAGUUGCAUACCAUCCUCUCAUACCUCUCUCCGUAUUUCCCAUUUGCUGUAAACGCUCCGAACGCUCGACGCGACAUCAAGAUCGAGCAGGCGUUUCAAGACCUCAACCUCAUCUAUUGCGAGCUUUCGUCCUUCCUGGUCCUGGCUUCUCAACGAGACACCCCACCUCAGGGAUCAUCCCGUAAGAACUCCCGAUUUGGACGUAACGGCCGCGUAGCUCCCAGCGUACCUACGUCGACCACGCAGGCGCGCCAAAUAGAGCGCGUCAGCGUGUAUAUCACCCAGCUCCUUCGAGGACAGGCAUCCACUUCCAGCUCGCAAAUCACGCUACCAAGGCCCAUCACGCCGCAGGCAUAUAUCGCCUUGCUGCCCACGAUUUGGUCUCUGGUGAACAGCAGGCACUCCGAUAUAGCGGAACCUACCGAUUCGGUUUUUUCCGUCGUUGCAGAGCAUGCUAUCAAAGCUUCAUCCACUUCGGCAGUGAAGAGGCACACAAUCGACUUCAUCGGAAGAUUGUUACUGCUGGACGGAGAAAGGGAGUACAUAGGCACCUUCAAAGUGGGUAACAGCCCCGAGCAGGACUUGAAGCUAGAACAGUGGAUCUUGCAUCUCCCGAAGACGCUGUGGGAGCUAGGGGGCAAUAACCCAGCAACGACGGAGACAAUUGUCCGGCUACUCCUUCGCCUCACGCAACGCCGGUCCAGACUGCUGCAACCUAGCACAUACUCCGCCUUACGAUCACGUCUAAUCCCAUACUUCUCAAUCGCGCACCCGACGCGCGGGAAAAUCCCGGGACCAUACGCGAAGUUGCCCAGUAAAUCGCCCGUGCGGCGCCUGGUGCUCGACCUCGUCGCGACGCUUGUUGGUCAAGGCAACCGAGCUUCUAGCACGGACGAUGGCCUCGCCGCCGCCGUCAGCGAGGCGGUUCAAGACUCUCCAGAGUCGUCGUACUGGGAAGGGUGCUAGUGACCGUUCUCUGACGACGUAUGUUCCUCGCAGUAGACUUGAUGCAUAGACAUGAAUUUCCUCUAUGGAUUGAUAUGUGUUGGUAGUGUUGUACAGGUUAAUUUGAUAGUAGGCUCCUCCGAAAGGUGUGCAAUGGUACAGCAGUAAAUCCUAGCUAUCUUCGGCAGUGGACGCUGUCCGUGGCUCCGCUUCUCCUUCUUCCGCGUCUCCGGCAGUCUCACCAUCCAAAGGCUCGUCGAUGUCUCCCAGAGACGCGCCGUCGUGCUUCUGGCUUGCCCGGAACAUGCCCAGCACCGUCUCCCGAUCGAACACCUCCUUCAGCCGCGCCUCCUUCAGCGCAGGCACGUCCAACUCCCACUCAGAGAUCUGCGCCUCAGACUCGUCCGUCUCGCUCGACCCCUCGGACGACACGAUCUCGUUGUCCGACGGGUCGUACCCCUCGUCCGACGCCCCCUCCGCCCCCCCACCCUCGUCGUCCUCGCCGAUCUCGCCGUCCUCCUUCUCGUCCUCGCCCUCCGCCGACCCGGACUCGGACUCGUACACGAACGUCCCCGACUCGUCCUCCUCCGGCGGGAGGUGCACGAACCACGGCAGGUCGCGCUGGAGGCCGAUGUCGGGCGCGACGCACCACGCGGUCUGCACGACGAACAUGCCCGGGAAGCGGCGCAGGCGCGCGUCGUCGUCGUCGUCGCCCUCUACGAACGCCGGGUGGCACACGACGGGCAGUUCGACGCGGGGCACCUUGCGCAGGCGGCGGAUACGCACGAGCGCGGGCAGGCGGUCCGCCGUGCGCGCGCGCGCGGUCUCGGCCUCGACGCUCUCGCGCGACGCGGAGCACGUGUGGCACCAGAUGUCGAGGAAGCGCAGGGUGGGCGAGCGCAGGGCGGCGAUGAUGUGCGAGGCGGAGGCAAGCUGCCCCGACGCGGGGAAGACGAGGUGCUCGAGCACGGGGCACCAUGAGGAGAGGAAGGAGAGCCCCUCGAGCAGGCACCGCUUCCAGCUGUAGUCGAAGAUCCGGUCUUUCUUCUCCGGGGAUAUGUGGAGGUAGGUGAGGCGGCGGCCGUGCGCCUCGAGCAGCGUGUCGGGGACGUACCCGCAGUGGAUCGCGGUGAGGUCCGUGAGGCUCGGGAGCACCCACUUGCAGGCCACGUAGUCGGUGAAGGGCGCGUGGUCCACGUACAUCUGCAGCUCCUCCAGCCGCGGCAGCUCGAGUGGGGGAAGAGACGACCUAUCCUCUACGAAUCCAUAGGGGGUGUUGACCGGUCCUAGCUUGAGAGUCCGGAGUGAGCUCGCGGCCGACAGCAGCCCGUGCAGCUCGACGACCUGCACCUCGGACAGCGUCAUCGAGAUAUCCAGCUCGCGGAGGCCCGCAGCGAGCUUGUCCUGCAGCAGCCGGCCCAUCUCGUCUGUGUGGUCGUGCAGGACCCAGUCCGGGUUGAACCCGUCCCAGGCGUCCGCCGCGUCGUCCUCGCGCGGCGAGUGGGCGGUGGGGAAGUUCGGGUGCGGAUGGAAUGCGAAGGAGCACAGCGCGGGGCACUGCCGGAGGACAUACAUGACGUCCUCCCGCACGACGUCCGCGCAGGGCGCCCAGAUGACGCACGAGUCGAUACGUAUGUGCCGGAUGAGGGGCCCGAGGGCGCGCCCGGUGCCGGAGGAGAGCGUGCUGGCGAGGGCCGGGAUCUGGCCCAUGCGGCGGAGGACGAUGUCCUCGUACAGGACCGCCGUCGCGGGGCCCGCGAAGGCUUUGCAGACGAGGACGAGGUUCUUGCGGAACCGGAGCUCGUCCAGCCAGGGGUUCCAGGGGCGCAUCACCGAGGGGUCGCAUUCGUGCCAGGGGGGGACGGUGGCUCUGAAUAUGCGAAGAAGCACCUCCGGUGGAAAGGACGUGAUAUGCAGUGGGACCUUCGGAACGGGCUGCAGAAACCCGCCCUCUUGCAUGAGGUAUUUGACCGCUGCGCGCAAUAUCCUAUUCUCGUUCUUGUUACGAGCGUUUUCGGGUGAGAGUACGGCCAGCGUGUCCGAGAUAUGUUGGAAGCUUUCUGUGAGUCGGAUGUUCUCCAGACGCAGCGCAUGGAGUUCUUGGGCGAUGUCAGACAGGGGCCUGGCGACCAAUUCGGCUAUCACUGCGGAGUGACUGAAUUCUUGUUCUUGCACGCCCAUUGGCCCAGGGAAGCCUCGGUCUGGGACGAGAGU